GUUUCUACAUCACACAAACAGCGUUCACACAUUAUUGAUUUGCUGACUUUUGACGCCUCUAGGCCUCCAUACACAAUGCUCCUCAGUAUAUAUCUGUUUACAUCUGCGCUGCACACCUGACAUUUCAGGAUGGGUCAGCUGGUCAGUUAGUAAAGAAGUGUCUAGACAAAGUGACAGAUGGAGGCACGAUCCGAAAUUCCAUCUCAUCAUGGAGGAAUUUUUCUUGAAUUCUUGCGCACACUGAAAUUACUUUUUGCUUCAAUCGUCGUCGGCAUGUGGCGAUUUUUUGUCCCCCCUCCAAGGAAAUCCGUUUUUGGAGAAAUUGUUUUAAUUACGGGCUCGGGGUCAGGGAUUGGGCGUCAGUUAGCCAGGAAUUUUGCCAGACUGGGGGCAGUGUUGGUAUUAUGGGACAUAAAUGAAACAUCUAACACCGAAACUUCUGUCAUCUUACAAGAAGAGUACCACGCCAAGUGCUUUACAUACACCGUGGAUGUGGGGGACAAAACCCAAAUAAAAAAGACUGCAGAGAAAGUGCGGAAUGAGGUGGGAGAUGUUACCAUUUUGUUGAACAAUGCUGGAGUUGUGUCAGGGAAGAAGCUGAUUAAUAUGCCCGAUGAACUGGUGAAAAGAACAUUUGACGUAAACCUCUUGGCGCACUUCUGGACUGUGAAGUAUUUUCUUCCAUCCAUGCUGAAAAAUAAUCAUGGCCAUAUUGUCAACAUAGCGAGCUCCACAGGACUAGUGGGGCUUAACAAACUCACAGACUACAGUGCAUCCAAGUUUGGUGUGGUUGGUUUUACAGAGGUGCUUAACUACGAGAUAAUCUUCUCAGGAUACAGUGGUGUUCACACCACUUUAGUAUGUCCGUCUUAUAUUAAAACUGGCAUGUUCGCUGGGUGUAAAAUGAGAUUUCCAAGGUUGAUUCCACCUUUGGAGGUAGGACAAACCGCUGAUAAAAUUAUGCAGGCGAUACUGACCAACCAGCACAUUGUUUGUAUACCACGACUAGUUUAUUUUCUGACCUUUUUAAAAAUGAUUCUCCCCGUCGAUGCCUUUUUAGAGGUCAUCAAAUUCGUAGGAGCCGCAACAUUCAUGGACACUUAUGUUGGAAAAGAAACAAACACUUUACACCACCAGAAUGGAUCAUCAUAGAAUUCAGUGUUUAUCGCUGUUACCUAGGUUACAACAGAAUGGAUCAUCAUAGAAUUCAGUGUUUAUCGCUGUUACCUAGGUUACAACAGAAUGGAUCAUCAUAGAAUUCAGUGUUUAUCGCUGUUACCUAGGUUACAGCAGAAUGGGAUGUCUGCAAUAUAGUCUUUUAUUAUAUACUGGCUGAUUUACCAUGAAGUAUGUGUGAUCCAACUUAACAGAUCACCACACUGUGGGUUUUGGUUCAAGUGAGCUUUGCUAAAUCAGAAUUUUCCAUUUUCUGUCUGUCAACUUCUGAAGAAUCAUUAUUGAUUAAGCCAAAUUCAACCAAACUUAAUUACAAAUCUUCCUUGGGUAAAGGGGAUUCAGGGGUUUUUUUUCCGCAAAAAAGGUUAUUUGUAUGACAUCUUCUAAGAGAAGAUAAUUUUUCAAAAGUGAAAAUAGGGUGGUGGUUUAAAAAACAUUCUCAAGAACUACUGAACCAGGAGAGUCGAUAAAGGUUCUAUUUCAUUCAAUUGCGAGUCACAUGGCUACAAUAGCUGGCCCGGCUUCAGAGUUUUAAAUAAGGGUACUGCAAACCAACUUUUAUUCGCGUACAUGAAAUUUUUGCAAGGUGUGUGAGAACAUCUUCAUGGUGAAUAUUUCUCACUGUGAACCAGAUGUUCAAAGAUUAUCUUUGUUGCGAAAAUUGGUCAUCGUGUACUCACUGGUAAAUCACAAAAUACUGUAUACAUAGUAAAAUUCUUUGAAAAUCUGCUUCCAUUCUCAAAAUCCUAUGUACAUGUAAGCAUUCUUAUGUAAUGUAUAUUCAAGUGUCCUCACAUUAUCACCUCCCUAGGUUUAGAUAUAAGGACCACAAAUGGGAUUCAAAAUUUCAGAAUGGGGCUACAAGAGGGGGUAAAAGUUUGCUUCUUUUUAAAAAAAAAUCUUCUUAAAGGGACUGGUUCACGAUUUUUGAUAAAAAAGAUUUUUUUCAUUUUAUAAUGUUAAACAUUGAAAAUAUAACUUAUUUAAUGUUGACAGCCAAAAUUUUUACCCUCUGAAUGCAAGAAUAAAAGCAAUAUUUUAGCCUUAAAUCUGUGUUAUGUAAACAAAGCCUCGAGUCUUUUUAUGUAUACAAACAAACAAGUGAAAUAUUGAUUUUGUAAUAUAAAGCAUCUACAUUUUGCAUAGUCACAGAUUUUAACUUUUAGAUGACAUAUUUUACCCCCAAAAUGCUUGAAAUGUGAAAGAUAUAAUAAAACUUAGAUCAAUAUUCAUUUAAUUUGAAAAUUUCGUAAACAAUAACACACCGCAAUCUUCGUUUACAAAACAAAUAAUAAACUCCCUAAAAUGAACUUCUGUGAUAAUGUAUAACCUUAAUUUUCAUGUGAAAUCUUUUAAACACACUAGACAGUAGAUUCUGAUCAUUAAAAGUGAAAAGAAAAUUUUAGGGAAAAUCAUGAAUCAGUCCCUUUAAGAACUACACGGCUACAUAAUGUCAAAUUGCUGUGAAAGCAGCCUUAUAUUGUGUAGAUUCAAGUCACACCAUGGCCCUAGGUCUAGGGUUGUGUCCAAGUUGCAAGUUUCACAUAGAAAUUUGUGGAAAUAUUCUUUCAAAAUCUUCUUGAGAACCUGAAGAGAACAAUUUGUAAAAUUUAAAAUAUGCAUGCAUCCUUAUAUGGUAUAGAGUUAAGUUUGUUCACAUUUUAACCCCGAGAACCAGUGCAGAGCUUCAAAGUUUUACCAUUAGGUUAGAAGUUUUCUCAAGAACCAUUGGGCUCAGUUUGUCAAAUUGACAUGCAUGUAUCUUCAUGUAGAUAUGUAUAUUCUGAUCACUUUAUUUCUUGUGGGUGGGGCCACAAUAGGGGUUUUCUUGUGGGUAGGGUAACAAUAGGGGUGUAGAGCUUUACUGGAUAGGAAUAUACAUAUAUAAGGAAAUGCAACAGCUCACGUGAGUGAUUGGCCUAUUGUUUAUCAUGUGACUUUGACAAUUUCCAAUACAUGUAUGUGGUAUAUGUGCAGAAUAUGUCUACAGCAGAGAAUGGGUUGCAUACUACCACAGCUUACUUAGCCACCUUUUUGUGAAGUCUUAUUUUAAUUAUUUUUUAUGAUUGUUGAUUUUCAGAACUUAUGUUUUGAAUAGGGCUAACAAUUUUUGGUUUAUGGAUGCAUAAUACCACUAUGAUGUAAUAUGACCUUGAGCUCAAUGUCAGAUGACUGAUUUUUUAAGAAUGUUUUUGUUUUCAACUCCAUGACUCUUUCAUUUUUAACCAAGUUUUGUUAUAAUUGACAUUUUAUACUUCAAGGAUAUUUUUAAGAUAAACUUGUAUGUGCCAACAUUUUGAUAUAAUAUCUUUUGGCAAAGGCUAAAUUGUGGUAUUUAGCAUGUGCAUAUAUAUGUGUUAAUCAUUGUUAGAAAUUUUGUCACAAAUAGUCAUGAUCUACAUGUACCUUUGACCUUGACUGUCAAUGUUCAGGCAUCAGCAAAAUGGGAUGUAUAAUGUAACUUUGACAUUUUAUACAUUGUAUUUGCACAAGGUCAAGGUCAGAUCAUCAUGAAAGUAUAAGGUCAGAAUAGACCAAAUAUGGAUUGAUAUCUUAUCAGUGUUGACUUUAUUUUACCACUCAUCUUUCAGUGUGAGUGCAGGGAAGCAUGUUUUGCACCAGAACAUCUCCUAGUUCUAGCUUUAUAGGGCUAGAUAUCCAAAAAUGGAUUUCUGAGCCAAGUUUGUUUUGUCACUUUUGCCUAGCUUUCAAUAUUUACAGUGACACGUUACAGAGGGAAUUGUUUUAACACUGACAUCAGGCAUGAUAACUCCUUGUAUGAAGUACGUAACUUUUUUUUUUUUUUUUUUUUUUUUACAGUUUACAUUAUUGUGAUGUAUAAUGCACUAUAAUGUUGUAUUUUGUUGUCUUUGUAUACUGUUGUGAAAUUGUAUAUGUAUUGUAGUCAUUAUGGACAGUCAUAAAAUGGUAUAUGAAUAAAUUGUUAAGUCUUGUAAUCAUUUUAUGCUAUUGAAAUAUAUUUAUAAGGAUGUAUAACACACCAUCAUCAUGGCUGAUGUCCUUUAGAACCAGAAAUGGAAAAAAAUAAAUACAAGUAACAUCUUC